AUGCCCUCGACGGUCCCUCAACCCCUCGGCUCCAAUCUCCCUCUCGCUUCAUCGCUGCCCAAGGUGUCUUUCCGAAAGAUCCCUGAACAAGAGGCCCAAGUACUGCUACUUCCUUCUGGCGUUAAUGACCAGCAAAACGUCAAUUAUGGCUUCAAUGACGGCUCACCCUUUGAGAAGCCGGAGCAUUACAUGCGCUUCGUCGAGCCCAUCGAGGCCGAUCUCAAGAAGCAGGUGGAGUAUGACAUGGACGAGCAGGACAAGGAAUGGCUGGAUGCCUUCAAUGCCGACCGGCGCAAGGAUCAGCUGGAUACCAUUUCCUACGAGGCUUUCGAAGUGAUCAUUGAUCGGCUGGAAAAGGAAUGGUUCGACCUCAUGAGGCGCGUGCCCGCCAAACCCCAGCCAGCAGCCAUUGGACCAGACGGCGAGCCGCUGACGGGGAACGAAGACACUCAGUGCGCCAUUUGCGACGAUGGCGAAUGUGAAAACUCCAAUGCCAUCGUCUUUUGCGACGGCUGCAACCUUGCUGUGCAUCAGGACUGCUAUGGUAUUCCCUAUAUCCCAGAAGGUCAAUGGCUCUGUCGCAAGUGUACCGUGUCCCCCGACCGAGCCGUCUCCUGCAUACUCUGCCCGAGUGAGGGCGGGGCUUUCAAGCAGACCACGCAAGGAAAGUGGGCUCAUCUUCUGUGCGGACUAUGGAUCCCAGAGACGAGCGUGAGCAAUCAAGUCUACAUGGAGCCAAUUGACUCGGUAGAGAAGAUUCCCAAGGCCAGGUGGAAGUUGCAAUGCUACCUAUGUCGAUCGCGACAUGGAGCUUGUAUCCAGUGUGACAACAAGACUUGCUUUACAGCCUUUCACGUCACCUGUGCUCGCAAAGCCAGUCUCCUGAUCAAGACUCAGCGUCAAAGGACUACACAUGACCAUGGCAAUAGCGAUUCAGAAGACGAAGGAGAGCCGCUGCGUGCAAUGUGUCACAAGCACCUUCCGCGACAUCUCCGUCCAGCGGCUGGAAGCUUGGGCAAGCUGCCCGCUGAUGAUGACGACAGCAGCACACGAGCCAGUACUCCUGGCCUGCAGGCUAAGAAACCCUCUACCCGCAAGAUUACCAUUCGUAGAGGAGCCAAUGGGGCCAUCUCAGCAGUCCCCGCUGCACCUGCUGGUACCGCCAAGUCUGCUCGGGCCUACAAGAAGUCCUAUCGAGCCGGCCCGCCUCUUGUCCCUUCUUACGUGAUCGAAAGAGUUCUUGCGUACGUCAAGAAACUCACGCUGCGCAAAAAGGACCUCUUUAUCAUUCAGGUGGCCAAAUUUUGGAGUCUCAAGAGAGAGGCAAGACGUGGGGCUCCUCUUCUCAAAAGGCUGCACCUCGAGCCUUGGACCGCUGCCACGUCUUCGACUCGUGAGGAGACCGAGGCCGAUCGCGUACAGAAGCUCCAAUUCAUGCUCCUGCUUCGUGAAGACUUGGAAAGACUUCGCAUGCUCGCCGAGCUUGCCAGAAAGAGGGAGCAGCAGAAGCUCCGCCAGAUGAAUCUCAUCCGGACCACUUUGGUCGAGGGCGUACUGUUCCCCUUCCAUGGCGAUCUACGAGCAGCUCUGGAGAAGAUUAUCGCCCUCGAUCGCAGCGGUCUCUUCAUGAACCCAGUCUCUCGCUCAGAGGUUCCUGAUUACUACGACGUCAUCAAGAGUCCGAUGGACUGGGCCAAGAUUCUGGGAAAGGUCGACGACCAUCAAUACGCAACUGCGGAGGAAUUUGCCGACGACGUCAAUCUCGUCUGCAAUAACGCAAUUCUAUACAACAAGGCAGACACUUCUUUUCACCGGACAGCCUUGAAAAUCAAGGCGGCUGCUCAGCCUCUGUUGGCGGAUCUC